UCAUAACAGCGGUUAACAGUAGUCGGUGUCACUUAUCAUUAGAUAUAUAUUAUACGAUUACAUCCCACAGUAUAAGAACCAUGGCGGACUCGAACAAGUCCACCGCUGGCAUUCAUUACGAUCAGAGUACCUCUGAGGCGUACUCUUUGUACAGACCUCUCUGGACAGACACCAUAGUAGGACGGGUAAUGGACUAUGUAGGAGAAAAGCUCCCUGGUCCGCCCACUCAGGCUAUAGACGUCGGUUGUGGCACAGGGCAGUUCACCACGAUGCUGGCCCCGUACUUUCAACGUGUUAUAGGGCUUGACCCGAGCCCUUAUCAAGUGGAAAAUGCCAACAAAGGCUGUGUGCCUCCUAAUGUCACAUAUCAAGUGGGUAAUGCUGAGAAACUACCAGUACCUAACGACAGCGCAGACCUAGUAACCGCCGCCACUGCCGCUCACUGGUUCGACAUGAACGACUUUUAUAAGGAGUCGGCGAGAAUUUUGCGACCCAAUGGCUGCCUUGCUGUGCUGUAUUAUGAUGUCAUACCUGACAUUCAUGGCAGUAGCAAUGGAGACGCAAUCAAACGCCUACUCGACGAGUAUUUUAUUUUGCUGCAAGAUCGUAAUAUGUGGGUGGAACCAGCAGAGACUAAUUACGUGACGCACUUUGCCAGGGACGUGGACGCUCCUUUCCCUAAGCCUUUUGUAGAUUACACCAGGGAAGACAGUUUAGACAUCAAAAAAGAUAUAUCAGUUUCUGAGAUACUUGGGUAUGUAAAAUCGUGGUCUUCUACAGGGAACCUGAUGAAAACUUGUUCUGACGCUGGGAGCAUCUUAGAGCGGUUAGAGAGCAGUCUCCGAGCGCUGUGGCCAGACAGUCACCUUAUCACCGUCACACACCCGGUGUGGGUACGCAUGGCCAGGAAAUCUUAG